AUGUCUGACAUGAUGGUUGAUGAGCUUAUUGACCCUGUCUCCGUUGAGGCCACAAUUCCACCCUUCGACAUUGAUAACCCCCAGGCAGAGGAAGGCUAUGGAUCUGUCUCACAGGAUGUCAUCGCUAGGGCAAUGGUAGGGUCAAGGUCUGCUUCAAGUGAACCUGAAAGGGAUCGCUACUAUCGCAAAAUGGCUCAUCCCCUAAAACUAAGCCCGCUCCAAGCCCUCUACAACAAGGGAGAUGGUGAAAAGGCCUUCAGCCUUUUGAGGAAGUGGCACUUGGAAGUUGAUGCCCAUCUCUAUGCACCUGGUGGCUCAGAAACCUUCACCCACAUGAUGGCAGGCCAUUUCAUUGACUUCUCACUCAAAGUCCCUGAUCGUGCUGGGUUUGAUGCAAUCCUCCCAACAAUUGGUGCAAAUACUGAAUGGUGCUUCCACCUGAACCUCUGUGGUUCUGUGCGUGAGUUCCUCAAUCACUGUGGUGAUCUUGGGUUUGACCCCACUGGGCGAAUGCUCCACAUUGGGACCAAGGACCACGACAAUGUGUACCUUUCCAUGGCACCCAAAGGGUUCCUGGAUGGCACUGAUGACCUGGUUGCACUGGCAUGCAUACUGGGACCACUCUGA